UUUACACUCAACUAAUCUGCACGCUGUGUAUCUAUAUAACAUACAUUCCAAGAGGGAACUCUAUAAGCAUCAUCGAAAGAGAGAGAACUUACAUUAGAAUGGAGAGAGCUAUCAAUAGACAAAGAGUUCUGCUGGAUCAUCUUCGUCCCUCUUCUUCUUUAUCCCAUCAGACCCGUGAAUCUUCUCUCUCUGCUUCAGUAUGUCUGGCUGGGGAUAGUGCUGCUUAUCGUCGAACAGCUGCUUUUGGUGAUGAUGUUGUGAUUGUGUCUGCAUGUAGGACUGCCAUUUGCAAAUCAAAACGUGGUGGUUUCAAAGAUACCCUUCCGGAUGAUCUACUCGCUUCUGUUCUGAAGGCUGUGAUAGAGAAGACAAAUCUGAACCCUAAUGAGGUGGGAGAUAUAGUUGUUGGUACGGUUUUGGCGCCAGGUUCAGAAAGAGCAAUAGAAUGCAGGAUGGCUGCAUUCUACGCUGGUUUUCCCGAAACUGUGCCCCUCAGAACCGUCAACAGGCAAUGUUCAUCUGGCCUUCAAGCAGUAGCUGAUGUUGCCGCCUACAUAAAAGCUGGAUUUUACGACAUAGGCAUUGGUGCUGGAGUGGAGUCCAUGACGGUAAACCAGAUCAGAGGGGUCCCCAAAGUUAACCCAAGGCAGGUGGACACUUUUGCACAAGCGCGAGAUUGCCUUCUUCCUAUGGGAAUUACUUCUGAAAAUGUUGCACAACGUUAUGGUCUUACAAGGCAAGAGCAGGACCAGGCUGCUGUUGUAUCUCACAAGCGUGCUGCAGCAGCAGCUGCAUCUGGAAAAUUCAAAGAUGAAAUUAUUCCAGUCUCUACUAAGAUCCUGGACCCCAGAACUCAAGAGGAGAAGCAUGUUGUGAUAUCCGUGGAUGAUGGAAUUCGACCAGACGCAAAUCUGACAGAUCUGGCAAAAUUGAAGCCUGCAUUUAAGAAGGAUGGUUCCACAACUGCUGGGACUUCUAGCCAGGUGAGUGAUGGUGCUGGAGCAGUCCUGCUCAUGAAGAGAAGUCUCGCUAUGCAAAAGGGACUGCCAAUUCUUGGGGUGGUCAGGAGUUUUGCUGCGGUUGGGGUGGAUCCCGCCGUUAUGGGCGUUGGCCCCGCUGUUGCAAUUCCAGCUGCGGUGAAAUCCGCAGGUCUUGAGCUUGAUGAUAUUGACUUGUUUGAAAUAAACGAGGCAUUUGCGUCUCAGUUUGUAUAUUGCUGUAAGAAACUGGAUCUUGACCCGGAAAAAGUUAAUGUCAAUGGUGGUGCGAUGGCUCUUGGUCAUCCUUUGGGUGCUACAGGUGCCCGGUGUGUUGCGACUUUACUGCAUGAGAUGAAGCGCCGGGGAAAGGACUGUCGUUUUGGUAUAGUUUCCAUGUGCAUAGGUUCAGGCAUGGGGGCUGCAGCUGUUUUUGAACGAGGUGACUGUGUCGAUGACCUGUGCAAUGCUCGAACAGUCAGAGAUAACAACCUUUUAUCAAUGGAUGUCCAGUAGAUUCGUUCAGCCUAAAGGAUGGACAUGGACGUCAACAUUAUCAUUCAUGAUGUUAAUAGUUAAUAAAGCUAUCUGCAAAAGGUGGUGUUCUGAAUUUAGGUUUCCGAUAUAACGAACAUAUAGAUCAUGUAAGUUUAUGGUCAAUUGCCUAUAUCUUUGUAUUGGGAGGUUGAUAGAAUUGUCGUCAAUGCAUAAGUGUUCAUCCAGCUUGCCUGAA